UUGUUAAGAAACUCAAUAUUUGCAGUUCGGAACUUGAGAGCCGAAUAGGGUAAACUGAAGAGCGAAGGCUUAACAGCUUCGUUAUGUUUCCGAGUUCGGUUCUCUGGUAACUCCUUAACCUCCUGUUGAUACCGUUUUGGUGUCGUGAAGGAGUUUCAGGCUGAUAAACAUGACUCCGUUUGAUGAUUUUGUAUACCUUGUGAAUUCAAUUCUCCUUGGUGAAGAGCCUACAAUUGAAGAUUUCAUCUUGUUGAUCGGCACAUUUGUAGCUUUUGUAGCAUUCAUUUUAUGGUGCUGCUUUCCAAUUGUGCCCAAGGAAUCCAACCCCCCUGCUCAGUAUGACACCCAGUACUCAAAAUACAAGAAAACUGAUUCUUAUGAUGAUAAGAUGUGAAAGCCAUACUUACACUUUUGGUGUCACAGAGAGGUGAAGCUCUCACUCAGAGUACUUACGACUUUAUGUGAGGCUAGCAUCUUUACAAGAUGAGUUACAGCAAUCUAAACAUAGCUCCUUUUGGCAUGUACCUGGAUGGGACCUGGCUGUGAAACUGGCUAACUGUAGAUGGAUCGAGGUUACCGGUAUCUUCUAGGUAAUGAAGGAAGUCUUUUUGCAAUGGGGAAAUGAAAGAAGCAAGUACGUAGUAAUAAUAUUAAGUUUUGAAAGCUUAAAGCAGGAAGAAAAGUAAAACCUAAUUCUGAAAUUCUCAUGAGUAGCUCUUUAGGCCAUAUUCAGAUGUUAUUGUAAUUGAUAUUAUAAAUUAUGGGCAACCUGUUUCUCCAUUUCAUACAAUUUAGACAAGGUUUGCAGUGUUGACCAAACAUUCAUGAUUUUGCUGAUAGGUAUAAACUUUUGCGAGCUGCUGUUGUGAAAUUUUACUUGAAUGCAAAAUAUGGUCAGGUGUGGGAUAUUUGGUAUUACUGUAUUAGUUUGUGUCAGGUGACAGAAUGAGAAUAUGGUAUCUUUGAUAUUUUUAUCUGUUGUAAGGCCUGUGAUCAUGAUGGAUUCUCAUUUAUUGGUUCAGAUAAACUUAUGAAAGAUCAAAAUGCUUCACUUGUUUAAGAAAAAGCUUAACUCGACUAGGAAAAAGGCAUACGUUGAUGUAUAUUGUUAGUUACGAAGUCAGCCCAGGUAUUUACAUGUACGUAUUUAUUUAUUGGACUUUAAAGAGAAACCAUUUCUGAAGAACCAGCAUUUUCAGUCUGUCUUAAUUUUAUAAUUACUGUAUUUACUAAGGGUUAUGCUAAAAAGUUUUUAAUAUUUUUGUCUUACUGAUAUUGAUAUGCGAUAAUGUUCUUUGUACUUAGAGAUAGCUAAACUCGUUUGAUGCACCAAAGAAUGAUAAUGCAUAUGGUUUAAGAAUUUAUGUAAUUUUUUUUUAGAUAAAUUGAGAGUAGAUUGAGUGGUUCUGAAUCAAGAGGAAAAUGUCAGAGUAGCGAUGAAUUUUCUCUUAACAUUCAAACUACGUAUUUCAUCAGUGGCAUUAAGUAAUUUUGGUAUUAGACUUUCAAUUUGGAGACUGAAAAAAUUGUGGUCUUAGUUUAAUGACUGCUAUGGUGGAAAGUAGAAAACUUUUUUUUUUAUUGCAGUUUAUAUCUGUAUCCUAAAAACAUUUGCAGUAUAGUGUUCAUUGUAAAAAGGAGACGGUUCUUGAAGCAACAAAUUUCUCAUAGUAUUUAUUUGGUUUAUCAUGAAGUCUUUUCAUUGGUGCUUUGUGAAUUGUUCAAACUGAUUAAUUCACUUAUUAAAAUUUUUAAUCUUUGGUAAUGGUCAUACUGUAUAUGCAAAUUCAAUAAGUUUUGAAAGGUAUUAUGGGUAAUGAUGGUUUCAUAAAUUGAUGAUGCUUAAUGAAAAAAAUACUCCCAACUGCUGGUGGUAUUCCGUGGUUAUUUUAAUUAUUCAAAAGGACUUUUAUUGGUACAUUAUGCUUUUGAGUUAAUGAAAUGAAAUGAGCUUAGUAAUUCUAGUCGGUUCAGUAUAAAUUUAAAAACUGAUUUUAAAACUUUGGCAGCAUCAAGAAAAAAAGGGCUAGUCAUGGUCUUUAACUUUUGUAAGAGUUAGUUACUUAGGUAUGGCAUAUGCUUGCAUUCAUCAUGGUUUGUUAUAUUGUUGAAUUCUUAUGAAGAAUAUGUAAUGCUUAAUGUUUUGUACUUGGUUGAUUAAAAACAUGAAAAGCUUAUGGUCAAAUGUUUUGUAUGUCUGAUUCUUAUUGUGCUUAAUAUAUACAAUACUUUUCAAGGAUAUACUUACAAAGUGUUCAUCAAAAAGUGGAGCUACUUCUAUGAGCUUUUAUUUUAUCAAAAAUGUUCUGUUUUAAGAGUCAAGAUUCCAGGGUUGGAGAAUGUUUUGCAGGUGCACCUUCAGGCUCCAUUGCUAUAUGCUGUAGUUGGUUGGAGGUUGGAGGUUUUCCCAUUAUGCAGUCUAUGUAACAUGUAAAUAGUGUACAGGAUAGAAUGACUGGUGAUUAGUGGGAUUAUAGAAAGGAUGGGAGAUGAAACAUCAUGGGCAAAUAAAUGCAGCCAUCUCUCUGUGUAUGCAAGGGUGCAUUUCUGAACAGUCAUCCAAAACAGGUACAAUCACGAUUAAGAAAAAUAUCCUUUCUCUAUAAAUCAUGUAGUUAAAGCUGGGAUUAAGGGAUUGUGUUAAUUUUAAUGCACUAUUAGUAAGGUUGAGAGAUAAAGUUGGAGGUUUUAUUUUUUUCAAACAAAUCAAGAGUUGCAGAAUAACAUGAAAAUUAGAAUUAUUGGCUAGUUACUUAGAAUAUUUCAUAAACUUGGCUGCCUUUACCAUGAAUUUGAAGCAGAUAUAUAAGAACUGUAUCAUUAAUAUUAGUGGCUUAAUUUUCUAUAAUGUAAGUAAUGAAAAAGUUACUUGGGGAAAAUUGACCAUAUCUGAUAGUAGUACUGAUGUGGAGUGUAUGAAGAUGUAUGAUUUUUAUUUAUUUUUUAUUUUUCAUUUCCUAAUUUUUGUUCAUAAUUUAACCAGGUCAGAUGAUGGUAACUCAUUCAUCUACCUUACAUUACUUAUAUCAAAAGAAAUGUUUGAACUUGAUGCGAGUAUUUUUCUUUCACCAUUCCUUAGCAUUAGUUUCAUAAAGACUAAGGCCAUUUGGAUGUUUUCUUAUGCUUUUCAUCUUUGCAGCAACAUUUCAGGGUUAGUUACAAAGGAUAGUCUAACCAGACUGCUGAGUAAAAAAUCUAAACUUUAGUAGGGCUGGCCAUUAGGUAAUUGCAGAACAUAUAAUAUUCAAUAGAAGAAGUGCUCUGUUUUGUGUGAUUUGUUUUGCUUCUAAUGCUUGUUUUAAAUGUGUGAAGACUAUUUCAGCUUCAUAACUUGUGAAUAAUCUACAGGGGCUUUGCUCAGAUGAAAGGGCCGUUUUUUGUAGGCAAAAAUUAAACUGAUCAGCUGGAAACAAAAGGAAGCAUGCACAGCUAUCAUCUUACUUAUCAAAAUCCUGCUGACUCAGCAGUGUGACACAAAAUAUUCUGGCUAGGAUACUGUAUUUCAAACUUGCAUAUCCCUAGAGGUGGCUUUAUUUGAACAUAUAUCCUUUAAUUUGAUUGUGACUUACAAUAUAAAUUUUAAAAAUUACCAAUUAAGAUUAAGAAUUAGACAGUGAUAGGUGGAUGCACAACAGAAUAGGGUAGUGUAUGAUGAGCUCCCAACCCCCAUUUGAUUCUCGGGAUAUGGUAGACGAGUCACCCUUAAUAAGUUUACAUGCUGUAGUUUUAUGUAUGGUAAAAUAAGUUUUCUAAUCUUCCAAGAAUUUUCAUUGUUGUAAUAAAUAGUGGAAAUUG